CCUAGCUGCGCCCGCCCCGCCGCCGGCGACGGCGGCUCCGGAGCUGGCGUGCAGAUCUUACAUAAAAUGGAUGUUUCUCCCAGUAGAUACUGAAUAUUAAGUAGAAAAUCUAUUUAGUAAAAUCUAAGCUGCCAUGGAAGAAAUACCUAUAAAAGUUGCUGUAAGAAUCAGACCUCUGCUAUGCAAAGAAGUUCUUCGUAACCAUCAAGUUUGUGUGAGGGUUCUCCCCAAAACCCAGCAAAUUAUCAUUGGGAGAGAUAGAGUUUUUACUUUUGAUUUUGUUUUUGGGAAACGUUCCACUCAAGAUGAAGUUUAUAAUACAUGUAUUAAGCCCCUUGUAUUAUCACUCAUUGAGGGCUAUAAUGCAACUGUUUUUGCUUAUGGACAAACUGGAUCUGGGAAGACAUACACCAUUGGAGGAGGCCAUGUUGCUUCAGUUUUGGAGGGUCAAAAGGGUAUCAUUCCUCGAGCUAUCCAAGAAAUAUUUCAGAACAUCUGUGAGAAUCCUAGUGUUGACUUUACUAUCAAAGUGUCUUAUAUAGAAGUAUACAAGGAAGACCUGAGAGACCUUCUAGAUUUGGAGACUUCUGUGAAGGAUCUUCACAUUCGAGAAGAUGAAAAAGGAAAUACAGUGAUCAUUGGUGCUAAGGAAUGCCAGGUGGAGAGUGCAGAUGAAGUGAUGAGUCUCUUGGAAAUGGGCAAUGCAGCCAGGCACACAGGUGUCACCCAAAUGAAUGAGCACUCCAGUAGAUCACAUGCAAUUUUUACCAUCAUUGUUUGUCAAGUCAUGAAAAAUGUAGAAGUUGAAGAUGGAUCCUGGUAUACCCAUCAACAUCUUGUUUCAAAAUUUCACUUUGUGGAUUUGGCUGGAUCAGAAAGAGUAACCAAAACCGGGAAUACUGGUGAACGGUUCAAAGAAUCCAUUCAAAUCAAUAGUGGAUUGUUGGCUUUAGGAAACGUAAUAAGUGCUCUUGGAGACCCACGAAAGAAGAAUUCACAUAUUCCGUACAGGGAUGCUAAAAUUACCCGGCUCCUGAAAGAUUCCCUAGGAGGCAGUGCCAAGACUGUGAUGAUCACCUGUGUCAGCCCAUCCUCCUCAGAUUUUGAUGAAUCCUUGAAUUCCCUCAAGUAUGCCAACAGAGCACGCAAUAUUAGGAACAAACCUGUCUUAAACUUGAGCCCAGACACAGAUCGCAUAGAUGAAAUGGAAUUUGAGAUCAAGAUGCUCAGAGAAGCCUUGCAGAGCCAGCAGGCUAACAGUGUCAGUCAGACCAGCCAGAUCCAAGAGGGGACUCCUGAUAAAAGUAGGAUCCAUUUCCUGGAGGAGGAAGUUGCACAGCUACAGGGAGAAUGUUUGGGUUACCAGAUUUGUAUAGAUGAAGCCUUCACUUUCCUGGUGGACUUAAAAGAUGCUGUUAGACUAAACCAAAGGCAGCAGCACAAACUGCAGGAGUGGUUUAACAUGACCCAGAAGAUCAGGAAGGUGAUCUUCACUUCACUCAGAGAAAAAAGAGGCCCCAAUUACCUGGAAGAAGGACCAGAGCACUCUACAAUUCUUCAGCUGAAGAGAGAACUAAAGAAAUGCCAGUGUGCUCUUGAUGCUGAUGAAGCAUUAUUUACUCAGAAGGAACAAGAGGUGAAGGAAUUAAAGAAUCAAAUGCAAGUAAUGACACAGGAAAACAAAGGACAUAUUCUAUCUUUGAAAGAAGCACAAAAUGUGAAUAGAUUUCAGACUGAAAAAAUAAUAGAACAACAACUUCUUGUGGACCAGCUCAGUGAAGAACUAAAAAAACUUAAUCUGUCAAUGACUUCUUCAGUCAAGGAAACUUGUGGAGAUGGACCAGAUGCCAAAAUACCUGAAAAAAGACCAUAUUCUGUAUCAUUUGAUACUCUUUUGGGGCAUUAUAUUUAUAUUCCAGCAAGAUCAAAUUCCAGGAAGGUCUACACAAGUCCUUCUGUAUACUCCCUGGAUCAAGUAGUUGCUGGAUUUCGAACACGAAGUCAGAUGCUGCUGGGUCACUUAGAGGAACAAGAUGAAGUCCUACACUGUCAAUUUUCUGAUAAUAGUGAUGAAGAGUCAGAAGGGCAAGAGAAAUCUCAAACUAGGCCUGCAAGUCACUCAUGGCAUCGAAAGCCAGGCUCUGUUUGUUCUCUUGUUGAACUGAACAAUAUUCAAGAUCAGACACAAAAGUCAAGGUUGGAGAAUGAAGACUUAAACAUUGAUUGUCUCCGGGAGAGUCAAGAGCUAAAUAUGCAAAAAUUAAGGAAUUCAGAACUUAUACUUACUGAAGCUAAACAAAAAAUGAGAGAACUUACAAUUGACAUCAAGAUGAAGGAGGAUUUGAUUAAAGAAUUAAUAAAAACAGGUAAUGAUGUGAAGUCUGUAAGCAAACAGUAUUCUUUAAAAGUAACAAAACUUGAGCAUGAAACAGAACAGGCAAAAGUGGAAUUAUCUGAAACACAAAAACAGUUGGAGGAACUGGAAAGCAAAGAUCUUACUGAUGUUGCUUUGAAGAUAAAAUUACAGAAGGAGUUUCGCAAAAAAAUGGAUGCUGCAAAGCUACGAGUCCAGGUUUUACAGAAGAAGCAACUAAAUAGUAAGAAAUUGGCAUCACUGUCAAUUCAAAAUGAAAAACAUGCCAAUGAAUUGGAACAAAAUAUAGAUCACAUGAAAUAUCAAAAAAUACAGCUGCAAAAAAGACUCCAAGAGGAAACUGAAAAAAAGAAGCAACUAGAUGCAGAAAUUAAGCGGGAUCAACAAAAAUUUAAUGAACUGAAGUUAAAAACAGAACAGGAAAAUCUAAAACUUAAAGAAACAAACUUUGAUGUACUUAUGAUGAAAAGGAGAAAAGAUUCAUUUGGAAAUAUAGACCAACUCCAGAAAUUGGAUGAACAAAAAAAAUGGUUAGAUGAAGAAGUGGAGAAAGUUCUGAAUCAACGUCAAGAAUUAGAGGAGCUGAAAGAAGAUUUAAAGAAACGUGAGGCCAUAGUUUCUAAGAAGGAGGCUCUAUUACAGGAGAAAAGUCAUCUGGAAAAUAAGAAGCUGAGAUCUAGUCAGGCAUUAAACAUGGAUAGUUUGAAAAUAUCAACUCGUUUGAGUUUGUUGGACCAAGAAUUAUCUGAAAAGAAUGUGCAGCUUCAGAGCAGCACUGCUGAGGAGAAAAUAAAGAUUUCAGAAGAAAUUCAGUCCCUCCAGAAAGAAAGGAAUCUACUGCAGAGACAGAGAGAGAGUGUGGAUGAAAAACUUAAAAAUGGUAGCGUGUUAUCACCUGAAGAAGAACAUGUUCUGUUCCAACUUGAAGAAGGGAUUGAAGCUUUGGAAGCUGCCAUUGAAUACAAGAAUGAAAGUAUCCAGAGUCGUCAGAACUCCUUGAGUGCUUCGUUUCCCAACCUCUCUCAGAGUGAAGCAAAUGUCUUGGAAAAACUCAUGUGUCUGAAUCCUACUGAGACUAGAGCUAUUCUUUUCAGAUUUUUCAAUAAGGUGAUUAAUUUGCGAGAAGGUGAACGAAAACUGCAGUUGCAAAAUGAAGAGAUUAAAAUGAAAGUUCUAGAACAGGAUAAUAUGGUUCGUGAGCUGGAAUCCGCCCUGCAACAUCUGAAAGCACAGUGUGAUAGGAAAAUGACUAUUCAGCAAAAGGAGCAUGAGCAAAAGAUGCAGUUACUAUUACAUCAUCUCAAAGAGCAAGAUGGGGAAGGCAUUAUGGAAACUUUACAGACAUAUGAAGAUAAAAUUCAUCAGUUGGAAAAAGAUCUUUAUUUUUAUAAGAAAACCAGCAGAGAUCUUAAGAAGAAAGUUAAAGAAUUGGUAGGGGAAUCGAUUCAGCGGCAGAUAGUACCAUCUGAAUAUUAUGAUGCUGCAGAUGGAGUCCUGAAUCCAGAAGAGUCAAGUGUGAAUUUAGAAGAAUUAAAAUGGGCAUCUAGAACUGAAAGUAUAAAAUUAUGUGGAAAGGAAGGAGAAUUAGAUCAUUCAGCAAGCAUGUUAAGAAUAGAACCUCAGCAGCUCUGUGAAGAUGAAACAGAAUCAUUUCCGGUUUGUAACACUUCAGCACCUACUAGUGAAUAUUUAUUAAACAUUGGGGAUAAAACAGAAAGGAAUGAAAAUCAGCUCACAAAAUCUCAUGUUCAACCAACAGUUCAAAUCCAGUCAGUGGGAAAUAUGGGACAACUUCAUGGUAUCACACUCGUAAAGUUAUGUCGCAAAGAAUUACGUCAGAUUUCUGCCAUGGAACUAUCAUUACGACGAUCGGGGCUUGGACCUGGAGUUGGAUCUAUCACUGCUGAUUCUAUUGAAGUAGACAGGAAACUACAUUUUAAAACUUAAAAGAAAUCUUUAAAUGAAAUAGUUAUAGAACUGAUGUUCUAGCUUAGUGAUUUGGGAUAUAUCUCAAUGAUAGAAUAUAUAGGAGACUCUAAACUUGAUUCCCAGUACCACAAACAAGCAAGCAAAAGAUACCCUUUUUUAAUCUGUUAAAGGUUAAUCUCAAUAGUUCUACCCUCAUAAUAA